AUGCUAGAACUAGCCUGCUUCACCGCCUCCUCCGCCCUAACCGCCGCCCGCGCAGGCGCCUCCCGAAUCGAGCUAUGCGCCUCGUACACUUCUGGCGGCGUAACCCCCUUGUUAUCAACCCUCCACAGCAUCCGCGACGAGCUGCAGCGCUCGAGCCCUUCUACCGCCACGAUCCCCGGCGCACCAACUGCCGAGCAUGGCCAAAUCCCAAUCUACAUCAUGAUCCGCCCGCGCGGCGGGGACUUUAGCUACACGCCCACCGAGUUCGAAGCAAUGAAAUCCAGCAUCGACGGCUUCCAAGCCAUCGGCGACGGUGCGGUGCAAGGGUUCGUGUUCGGGAUCCUGACGGCAGACGCGCGGGUCGAUGGACCGCGGUGUCGCGAGCUGGUGGAGCUUGCGGCGCCGCUGCCGUGUACUUUUCACCGCGCGGUGGAUGGGGUGGCGGACGAAGACCUGGAGGGGGCGGUGCAGACGAUUGUCGAGUGUGGGUUUGAGAGUGUGCUGACUAGUGGUGGCGCGGGGAGUGCGAGGGAGGGGGUGGAGAGGGUUGCAGGGCUGCAGAAGAAGUAUGGGGAGCGCAUCACUUUGAUUCUGGGGGGUGGGGUCAGAAGCUCGAAUGUUGUGGGCUUGAAGAGAGAGGCGGGGGUGCGGUGGGUGCACUCUGCUGCUAUCACGGGUCCAGGCGAGGAGGUGGACGAGGCGGAAGCGAGGAGAAUGGUGGCAUUGCUUCAACAUGUAUGA